AUGUCCAAAAGGAACGAGCCAGCUCAUCCCGAGCAAAAGCACCCAAACACCAAACGGGCCAAGGAGAUUGACGCGCACACUCCCUACGAGGAACUAAGGUCUCUCCUUGACGACCAGGAGUCUCCCGCUAGCACCAAGAGGAUCCUGCAUUGGUUUCGGAGUAAGGACCUGCGAAUCCACGACAAUCGAGCUCUGAAUGCCGCCUCUCAGUUGGCCAAAGAGUCGCAGGUUCCUCUGCUCUGUGCGUACGUCAAUUGUCCGGCCGAGUUCAGAUGGCAUGGCACUUCACCGGCCAGAACGGACUUCAUCUUCGACAAUCUCGCGCUGAUGGAAGCAGAACUCGAGGAGUUGUACAUUCCUCUGGUCUUUCUGGAAGCCAGUGAACGUGACGAGAUCGUGCCGACCAUUGUCAACUUCGUUCGCGAGAAUGACAUCACGCAUGUGUUUGCCAAUUACGAGUACGAAAUCGAUGAACUGCGCCGCGAUAUUCGGGUCUUUAAGGAGGCCACUGCCGGGAACUCCAAGUCCAAGGGGUUUCAUCUCUCUCUGCAUCAUGACCAGACCGUCGUGGAACCAGGCACCAUACUCACAGACAGUGGGAAGGCCAUGAAGGUAUUCACGCCGUACCACCGGGCCUGGCUCGCUGAAGUCAAGGCAAAUCCCGGUCUGGUCGACACGGUUCCCGCGCCUUCAAAGAACUCGGCGGAAUCAAAGAAAGACCUGAAGCAGUUUUUUGACGGUUCCGUGCCCAGCCCACCCAAGGAAAAGCAAUUCGCUAGUGAUGAGGAGAGGAAACGGAUUCGUAAGCUCUGGCCUGCAGGUCACGACGCUGCUGUGAAGCGACUCAAUCACUUCCUUGACGACAAGAUGAGUGACUAUGCCGCAACACGCUCCAAUCCAGCCAAGGACUCCACGUCCCGCCUCUCUGCGUAUUUCAGUGCAGGGGUGCUGUCCGUUCGUGAGACCCUCAGCGCAGUCAGCAAGCGGAAUAAAAAUUCGACAAAUUUCUCCAAGGAAGGCUGCGAUCCAGGAAUGUCUGGCUGGGUCCGUGAACUAGUUUUCAGGGAGCUGUAUCGACAGACGCUGCUCGAAACUCCUCACACGUCCAUGAAUCUCCCGCAGAAUCUCAAGUUUGAUUUUGUGCACUGGGAAGAAGAUGAAGAAGGGUAUAAACGCUGGGAAGAGGGCACCCUGGGUGUCCCCUUUGUGGACGCUGGUAUGCGGCAGAUCAAACACGAGGCUUACAUGCAUAAUCGCCUACGCAUGAACGUUUCGAGCUACUUGUACUGCAAUCUGCUCAUCGACUAUCGACGGGGAGAGCGGUACUUUGCAGAGACAUUGAUCGAUUGGGAUCUGAGCAACAACACCCAAGGCUGGGAACCUAGCUACACCGUCUUCAAUCCGGCUAGCCAGGCUGAGAGGAACGAUCCCGAGGGGGAAUAUAUCCGCAAGUGGAUCCCGGAGUUGAAGGAUGUCAAGGGGAAAGCGAUCUUCGACCCAUACCAUCGGCUGGACCCGCAAGAGUUUGAAAAACUGGGGUAUCCCAAGCCGUACGUCGACUGGCACGAGACCAAGCAGAGAGCGAUCGAAAGAUUCAAAUCGGACAUGAAGGAUGCUGAUCCUUGA